AUCUCAUCCCACCUCCACCUCCUUCUUAACCUCCCUCAUCUUCUUCCUCCGCCCGCUCCCCCGCACGCCGCAGCGACGCAAUCUCACCGAUCGGUCCUCGCCCCCCCUCGCUCGAUCCUCGGAGGCCAGGGACCGAGGGCGGCGGCGCGCGUGCGGAUUGGAUUCCUUCCGAGUACCGUGAGUUCUUCGACCAGAACUGUUUGCGACAGCUAGCAUUCUGAUUGCUAUGGAAGGUGGGGGAAUGGACCAGGUUUGCAUGGCUGCCAUGACAAACCAACCUCCAGUGUCCGAUAACAAGCCGAUGAAGAACAUCAGUGGGGAGAUGCCUGCAACCGCAACUGCAAACGCUGGAAGCGGCUCCUUUGACUGCAACAUCUGCCUCGACUUCGCUGCAGACCCAGUUGUUACCCUCUGUGGCCAUCUCUACUGCUGGCCUUGCAUCUACGAGUGGCUGCGACCGUCGGUGGUAUCAGCCUCCGGUGCCAACAGCACUUCAGCAAGGCAGCAGUGCCCCGUGUGCAAGGCCGCGCUAUCUGCUGACAGCCUUGUGCCGCUCUAUGGCCGUGGUGGUAGCUCGAAGAAAUCACUGGAUGGCACGGCCAUUCCUCGACGGCCAACAGUGCACCGGGAGAAUGUUGCGCACCAGCACGCGCAAAGCAGCAUCGAUGAUGACCGGCACCACCACAAUGUGGAGCCCAGCCCUCCGCUCCGGUCACUGCGGCAUGCGCACCACCACCAUCCUGGUGCCACCGAAUUCGACUUCGUCUACCCUCCUUCGCCAAUGGGGCGUGGCCUGAUCCACUCGACGGCUGGAGGAGUGCUUGGAGGGAUGGCGGAGGCGGUGCUUCCGUGGGCGUUCCGCGGCCAGGUGCCGCCGAGCAUGUACUACACAAGCCCCUACGCCGUUGUGGACCACACGGUGGGUCCCCGGCUGAGGAGGCAGCAGAUGGAGGUGGAGAGGUCCCUGCACCAGAUCUGGUUCUUCCUCUUCGUGUUUGUUGUGUUGUGUCUGCUCUUGUUCUGAAGCAAGGCUAGAGGCUCUCGUUCUGAACUGAAGAGGCGGUAUACGGCUUGUGUAUAUAUUGGAAGGCGUGAUAUACUGCCUCUCGAGGAAAAAGAAGGCAAGAUACUAAUGAAUGGGUGUCACUUAUAUAGUGAUGGGGAGAGGAUAAGGAACCGUUAAUGCUCUUAACGGUCUCUAUCGGUAAGCAUGCGUCUAAAUCAUGCUGAUAUAUAGAGUUGUAAUAUGAAAGACUUGGAGGUGAAAUGCAAAUUUCAUUCUUGUCUUGCCUCAGUACCAGGAAAUCCAUUACCUGAACCAUACAUAUGGCCUGUUUGGUUUGCCUGCAUCUGUCACUACCAUGUAAUGCAAAUUUUCCUCUCAA